CAGUUGUUGCUGUGGUGUUGUCCAGCCAUAAACGUCCUUCCUCCUUCUCGUCCCCACAUCAGGCCAAGUGCAGGAACAUGGAGCACUCGCUGCGGGAGAAAGCCAAGGCCUUCUGGGCCAUGCGGCGCUCCUAUGAGGCCAUCGCCAAGCACAACCAGGUGGAGGCCGCCUGGCUGGAGAGCCGCAUCCGGCAGGAGUUUGACAAGCUGCGGGAGUUCCUGCGGGCGGAGGAGCAGGCUGUCCUGGAGGCCAUGGCUGAGGAGGCGCGGCAGAAGCAGCUGCUGGCAGAGGAGAAAAUGAAACAGCUCACUGAGGAGACUGAGGCGCUGGCCCAUGAGAUCGAGCGGCUGCAGAUGGAGAUGAAGGAGGAUGACGUGUCUUUCCUCAUGGUGAGGAUCCCAGCAUGUGGACGCAGUGACAGGGCCGGGGACCCCAGCCCUGGCCAGCCCGGUCUCCCCAGGGCAUCCUGGAUGCACCUGCUCGCUUGUGUCAGGAGCCUAAAGGGACUGUACUCAGAGCAGAGUUCCUGGACAGCCUCUUAUCUCUCCCUUCCUCUCUCUCUGUCCCUUUCUCACACUCAGUCACUCUCUUUACCCCUUAAUAAAAUGGAGUCUUUAAAAAUUAUACA